AGCCGCAUUCCUAGUCGAUCCAGCCGACCCUAAUCGGACCCCUCACUGUCUAGCUAGCUCACUGUCGUGCCCAAACACAACACUGUAAAAGUCUGCUCUCCUCUCUCUCUUAUGUCCCAUGUAACCUUCAGAACGUGUUUUCAGUCUCUCCCAUGAAAUCCCCUCUUCGUAUAUAACACACAACAACACUGCGUAAUCUACUAUAAUUUGAAUUUGCUUCUGUUUUGGUCUGAAAAUGCCAACGGAUUCCGGAGAUCAGAAUAGGCGUUUAAGCAAGGCGGUUUAUCCGGGAGCGCCACCUCCAGAACAGGAACAGCUACCCUGCCCACGUUGUGACUCUACUAAUACUAAGUUUUGCUACUACAACAACUACAACUUUUCUCAGCCUCGUCAUUUCUGCAAGUCAUGUCGUCGUUACUGGACUCAUGGUGGUACUCUCCGGGACAUCCCUGUUGGCGGUGGCACCAGGAAAAACGCUAAGCGUUCACGCACUGCUGCCUCCCACGUCGUCGCCGCCACUACCAGCACAACCGCUAGUCAUAAUAACUUCCCUUUACCUGCUACGCCAGUUUUGUUGCCGAUCUCGGGUAAUCAAGCAAGUUUUGGCAUUAGUGGAGAAUCCAAGUGCAAUGGUAGUGGUGGAAGUUUUACUUCAUUGCUGAAUACUCAAGGGCCUGGUUUUCUGGCUCUUGGUGGGUUUGGGUUUGGUAUUGCUCCGGCACUCGAGGAUGUUGGGUUUGGGCUUGGGAGAGGAAUGUGGGGCUUUUCAGGAAUAGGAGACGUAGCCGCCGCCGUCGGUGGCGGGGCUGCUGCUGCUACGGGAAUGGGAAUGGGGACCACAUGGCAGUAUGAAGGUGGAGAAACUGGGUUCGUUGGCGGUGGGGAUUGCUUUUCUUGGCCUGAUCUUGCUAUUUCAACACCAGGAAAUGGGAUCAAGUGAAUCUUCUUCCUUUUUCUUCUUUUUUUCUAGUGUAAGUUGAAUUAGUGAGUGCCUGAGUAAAACAUUAGCAAUAUCAAAGUAGAUAUAGGACUGUGACUCUGGUUUUUACUUCAUUAGAUGACUCAAUGCCAUGUGAUUUGGUUUGUUUUGCCUACCAUAUUCGUGUAGAGACAUGGCUCAGAGUGUGUUGCUCUUGGUUGUUGAUAUGCUCAAAUAUUUAGACAGUAGUGCUUUUGUUUAACCAGAAGGAAUGCCAGUUAAA